CUCUCUCUCUCUCUCUCUAGAUAUAUAUAUAUAUACAUGUGUGUGUGUGUACACAAAAAUCUGUAUAGACCAACUCAUUGUCUCACACUUUUUCAAUUUGCUUCAGCCGAAAGGAAAAACAAUAUUCCACAAACUUAUUCUCGCUUUUCAUUCUUUCGCGGGAGAUGGGCUUAUCGUUUUCGUUCUUGGCUCGGAGUGGAAGCUCCGCCCCCGCUUCUUCGCAGGAGACUGGGUUGGGGGACUUGCCAGAGAGCUGCGUGGCGUCGGUGCUGUCGUACCUUGACCCGCCGCAGAUAUGCAGGGUAGCAAUGUUGAACAGGGCUUUUAGGGGGGCAUCGUCUGCGGAUUUUGUGUGGGAAUCGAAGUUGCCGUUGAACUAUGAAGACGUUAUUGGAAGAGUAUUUGAGAAGGACGGAGUUUUGUUUAAGGGUUUGUGUAAGAGGGAUAUCUAUGCCAGGCUUUGUAGGCCUAAUUCUUUUGAUGGUGGCACCAAGAGAGUCUGGUUGGAUAAGACAACAGGCAAGACUUGUAUGUUGAUAUCAUCAAAUGGAUUGGCUAUAACUGGCAUCGACGACAGGAGAUACUGGACUCGCAUUCCAACUGAAGAAUCAAGGUUCUAUUCCGUUGCAUAUCUCCAGCAAAUCUGGUGGCUUGAGGUUUAUGGGGAGAUUGAGUUCCCAUUCCCAGCAGGAUCGUACAGUCUCUACUUCAGACUGCAAUUGGGACGCAUUCAUAAGAGGUUUGGGCGUCGCCUUUGCAACUCCGAGCAUGUUCAUGGCUGGGAUAAAAAGCCUGCAAGAUUCCAGCUUUCAACUUCUGAUGGUCAGGAAGAAACGAAACAAUGUUACUUAAGGGAACCAGGAAAAUGGAUCCAUUACCAUGCAGGGGAUUUCAUCAUCCCGAAUUCUUGCAAGUCGAUGAAAGUCAAAUUCUCAAUGACACAAAUUGACUGCACGCACACAAAAGGUGGCCUUUGUGUAGAUUCUGUAAUGAUAGUUCCUGUGGAUAGAACCAGGCUGCAGCGUUUUUAAUGCAACCCAAACUCUACAUAGGAAGGUGUCCUCGGCAGACUAGUAGCAGUAGGCAUGUAGUAGAAAAAUGAGCAGUAAUGGGUUGGUUGAGGCUUGAGUUGUGUCUCGAGAAGGCAUGUAUAUACAUAAAAAUCCUCUCCCCCCUCCCCCCCUCUCUCUCCCCAUCUAUUGUAGAGCAGAGACAUUGGGAAUUAGAAUUUUGUUACAUAAAUGCCCAGAAAAUUGUAGUUUAAAUGAGUCAAGAAGUGUAACAGAUAGUAUCAUUUGACAA